AAAAUGCCCCACCGGUGGGGGAUCAACUGGAAAAAAGGGGAGAAGCUUGAAGCUAUGGACUAUAUGAACAAAUGGUAUUUGGCUAAAAUAAAAGACAUAGACUACAAGGAACAGUCGGUACUGAUCCAUUUUGAAGGGUGGAACUCAAGAUUUGAUGAGUGGUUUACUGGUGACAGUGAACGUAUGAGGCCACUGACACGAUCUUCAGGCAGGCCACAGAAAAAGAAAGUUGAUGGCGUGAUUCCUGUUUAUUCUGUAUAUUUUCAGGAAUACAAUGUAGGAGAGAAGGUACUAGCAAAAUGGUCGGAUUCCAAGAUGUAUGCAGCUCGUAUCGAGGCUGCUAAUACAGACGGUAUGCCAUCUCUUACGUUCAUUAAAAAAAAAUUAGCCAAUAGCUUACUGCAUCAAAAAGACAAAAAAGCAAUUACUAAAUGUUACUAA